AUCGUUUUUCAAGUUACUAAUUUUGCUAUCGCUGGUUUAAACAAUACCUGCUUAGUUUACCAGUUUACAUUGCACUUGCAAUACGCUAAUUUUCCUUCAAAAUGAACAUUGAUUUAACAGGGAAGACUGCCUUAGUUACUGGUGCCGGUAAAGGCAUUGGUCGUGCUACAUCUAUUUUACUUGCUGAAUGUGGGGCAAGCGUAAUUGCCUUAUCAAGAACACAAGCUGAUUUGGACUCGUUAGUUGCAGAAUGUGGAGGGAAUGUCAAAACUAUUUGUGCUGAUUUGGUUGAAUUAGACACAGCAAUAAAGGAAAUUCAAUCCAGUUGUGACCAUAUUGACCUGUUAGUGAACAAUGCUGCCUGCUUGAUUCAUAUUCCCAGCAUAUUGAAUGUGACUGAAGACGAUAUAAAUAAGGCAGUCAAACUGAAUGUCACAGUUCCACUUUGCUUGAGCCAGAUGAUUUCUCGCGAUUUAAUCAAACGUGGACUAGGUGGAGCAAUUGUCAAUGUUUCGUCAGUUGUAGCAGAUAGAUUUUCUGGCAGUACGGCCCCUUAUGGCAUAACAAAAGCUGCGCUGGAUAAUUUGACGAAAACUUUUGCAAUUGAGCUUGCUCCAUACAAGAUUCGAGUAAACAGUAUAUUACCCGGACUUACCAACACACCAAGUGUUCAAGGUUGUAUCGAAUUGCAAGGUGUACAAGCUCUCUUGAAACAAACACCGAAAGGUCAAAUGGCUGAGGCCAGGGAAAUAGCUCAAACUAUUGUCUAUUUGCUCAGUGACUAUUCCAAUAAUAUUACUGGUGCGAGGAUUGUAUGUGAUGGUGGAUUUCAUUGUAAUUGAAUUUAAUCAUUUUGACAUGUUUGUUGGUUACAACAGUCGUCGUAUUUUAGAUGGUACAUGUCAAGGCCUAAUUCCACAGGCGAAAUUUCUCAGUUAAAAUCAAAAAUAGUUUUACGCACGCGUGAAGAAAAUUUGUUCGCCAAUAUUUUCGAGUAGAAAUUCAAUUUGCUGGAUGCUGUAAAGCGUAUUGCGCAAAUAUUGUCUGUUGCAAAAUUUUGUCUGCGGAGUCUGCGCUUAAAACGAAUUUUUUUCAUACAAAAUCACAUUUGUUUUCGUCGCCCCUGCGUGCUAAUAUUUUGCGUGAAAAUUUUUACAUUUUGCUUUGAAUUUCCGCCCGUGCAGUCAGGCACCGUUUGCACGAAGGACGAAAAGCGCUAUCCACUGAAUAACAAUAUUUUUGAACGCUUCCAAAGUUUCUUAAAAAGAAAAUAUUUACGAAUCGAACUAGGCAAUCAACGAAAUAUAAUAUUGGUUCUAGAAAGUUUUUUCAUCGUAAAGAAAAUAUAUAAACUCCUUUUUCACAAGUUUGAAAAAUUUACUAUCCAAUGGAUAACGCUAUCCAGGCUUCGUGCAACUGGCCCCACGACUUUAUACGCAUGUGCAAUAUCCCAGGAAGAAAAAAAGUGUAAACUGUAUGCUAUCAUUGGAAAAGUGAAGACAAAUAUUUGAAGCAGUGCUCCUACAUGUGAAUAGUUUGUGAGUUGCUAAAAAAGAAUUUCUUUGAAGUAAACGCAAUGAAGUACAGAUUAAAUGCUAACUGAACUUGACUAAAUAAUAAAGUGAAUGUCUUGAA